CUCUGCAUUAAGCAUCUUAAUCGCUAUCAAGAAAUUGUAGUCAUAAUCGACCAGCGAGAUAAUGGCUUUAGUUUAGUAAAGUAGUAAAAAUCAGACAAGAAAGUAAUGUGAUUCAAUUUUUCAUUGACACGCUAAACUAAAUCACCCAUCAUUCCGAGCGGCACGAGAGACAGAUGGGUACAUCAUUAACAAAACGUAUUAAGUGCAAGAGGUUGCGUUACUUUUGCUUAUUUGCUUAUGUAUGCUAAAAAUUGGCUUUUGUAAUACACCUUUUGCAACGCUGUUAACUUAGUUGACAUUUUCUUUUUCGUCACCUUAAAGGUGAAAAGUAAACUUCAUUGUUAAUAAACAACAAAGCCCGGUCGCCGCAAAAUAAAUACAUCAAUUUACUUCGCCCAAUUUAAUUAUUUUGGAUCUCACAUAAAAUUUAGGGAUUAUGUAAAUUAUUAACGGAUUGGACUUAUUAAUCUUAUCCAUAAGAUUUCGUUAUAAAAAGUAAAUUUUGCAACUCAACAUAAACUUGUAGAAAUGGGAGAUGGUGACGCAAACGAUACAAUCAAUGUAGCCGCGGAUCCACAAGCACCUGUUACUCGCGACCUAAAGGUUUCUAAUCUGCUUUUGACUGAUAAAGGUUGCCCUUAUUGCCCGGCAAAAUAGAAAUAGCUCAGCUUGAACUGAUUAUUGGCCUAUUAGGGACUCACACAAAUUUGGCCAUCUGGCCAAAUUUUCCAAAAACGCCAUCCAUACAAAAUAUCACUCUUAAACAACAGCCCUAUAACAAUCUCAAACCAAAGUUUCAAUAUCUGUCAGUAGCAGAUUUAAGACUUUUAAAUUUUCUUUUUAUGCUACAGAAGGCAUGGCCACCUUGGAAAUGCUAUUAACCAAAAUACCCAUUAAAACGGAAAAGCAGGCAUUGAAAAUUCUCGAUAUAUGUUCUAAAAAGCAAUUUAUUAAUGCUGAAGAAGAAAUCUGCAAGGUACAAGCAAAAAAAUCUUUCACCGAAGAACGUUAUGGUAAUGCUUUGGAAUGGGCGAUAAGAUCUAGGGAUACUUUGUAUGUUACGUCUAUCGCCGACUACCUACUAAAGCACUACGUUCAGACGGGCGAUAUAUUAUGUCCUGACGUUAUAGCUAACAUAGGAGCAAAAAUGUUCAUUUCACCGCGAUUAGUGUUUUUGGCGAAAUACUUUGAUUUCUAUCAAUUUUACAGAAAGAAAGAUUUACUUCCUGCCGCUGAGCUGCUACUAAAUUUAUUAGAAUCUGAAAUUAUUCCAGAAUAUUUUUGGCCUUCUUUAUUGGUUGAUACCAUACCUUUACUGGAAUCGAAGGAUCCGAAAAUUUUCUUCAAAGAGACUUGCUGUAUAUUACAGCACUUAGAGAGCAACUUAAUGCCGCUGAUUGAAAAGAAGAAAAAACAUAUGGAAAAACAUCCGAAUGAGCCAAUCAAUAUCCUUAAACACUAUCGCCUUGAUAAUGUCGAACAAAUUGUUAACCUGCUGCGUUUAGCCUGCGCCCGAAACCUGUCCCGUGCUAUUAUUAUAGAAAACACACUAAUAAAUUGAAAAUAACGUUUGAGUUACGCUUUCGUUUUGUUCAUAUCAGCGUUUAAUUUCCAA